CGACCGUGUCGACGGUGGUGGCGAAUGGUGUCGAUAGCACAGUCGAGCAUUGAACUCUCUCUCUCUCUCUCUCUCUCUACACUCUCCUAAUAUUGGAACUUGGAACGCUACCACGCUGACUCGUGUUCCAAGAAAGACAGUCGAAGUGUACGCAGCUGUCUUUGUCGGUACAGCCCACCAAAAAAUUUGGCUAAUAAUAACAAUGAGAACCGUGAGGACCGUGACAACCGUGAGAACUAUAACCUCGAAUUUGUGUAGUAAAAGGAGAAAAAGUAUUAUAUUUGCAGCAGUACACCAGAAAACGAUUUUCUGUUCGCACUAGUUCGCAGACUGUACAAAAAAAGUGCGCGUGCGCACAUAUCAUAUAAAAAAAGAUAUGUGCUCUUUCUCUCUCGGUACUACGCUUGAGUCAGUAAUCAAUGUGUGGACAACGGAACCCAAUAGAAGGGCGAGAAGACGCAACAAUCAACAAACUUUACCGCCAUCCUUGCCAGUUCCACAGCAGCCAAGUAUGGUACAAAAAUUUGGAAAUACUAAAACUACAAUGAGCGCCGUUGGGCUGGGCAGUCACGAAGGAAAAUAUACACCCAACAGUUCUGUACCCGAUCUAGCUCAAAGAUUCGCAAGUCUCUCUGUGAACUCGGGACAUGGCGAUGGUGCAAUUUCACGAACAGCAACUCCUAUGUAUCAUUCUGGUUUGUCACCAGCAAUAUCGCACACUUAUGUCAAUCAAUACGCCGGAUCGGAGUAUCAUCUGGAUCGUGUACAAACGCCUCAAUUGCCUUAUAUACCAUUCGAGGUUGAUAGUGCUUAUGAGGAGUUUAAUCAAGCUGUACCAUAUCGUCAAAACCCUGUUUAUAGUCGUAGUCAAUCAGCAAGAUCAAGCUCGCGUAGUGAACAACCCGAUGAACUUCCUCUACCACCCGGAUGGUCGGUAGAUUUCACUUUGAGAGGCAGAAAGUAUUACAUAGAUCAUAAUACUAAAACUACACAUUGGUCUCAUCCAUUGGAGAAAGAAGGUUUACCUACAGGAUGGGAAAGGAUUGAAUCCCCUGAAUACGGGGUUUACUAUGUCAAUCAUAUCACACGCCAAGCACAGUACGAACAUCCAUGUUAUCCGCUGGAGAUGCAAGCGGUACGCGUUGUCUCGCCCCCUAGACAUACGCAUUUUCAUUCUCACAGCGUCCUCGUACCGGCCAAUCCGUAUCUUAAUGAAGAAAUUCCCCAUUGGUUAUACGUUUACAGCAGAGCAUCGAUAUCUCUUGAUCGUAAACUUCGGUGGGAACUAUUCCGCCUUCCUGAGCUCGAUUGUUUCAAUGCCAUGCUCACAAGAUUGUAUAAACAAGAGCUCGAAGAAGUUGUGAUGCGUUACGAGGAAUACAGAUCGGCUUUAUUAUGCGAAAUGGAGCAAAGAUUGAAGGAAUUAAAUCCGGAGGCCGGAACAUCCGCGGGUGUUGUUGCACUUCGACGAUCUCUACCUUGAACCUUUAAGGCCUUUGAACCAAUACCGGGUCUGCUGUUAAUUUUUUUUGUAUUACACGUAUAUAUAAUACAUUAUGAAUUUUUAUAAAAAAUUUUUUUUGUCUUACUGAAUAACUAUUCCAGUAUUUAUUUGAAAAAUAAAAACAGAAUUAGGCUUUAGGACUGCACUUAUACAAUUUAACAUGUUCUGUUAUGGAUGACGAGUACAAAAUUGUAGUGAAAAUUUAUAUCUUAUUUUUACAUUAAAUUCAUUAUUUUACAGAAAUUAACACAAAAACAUUACCCAGAAUACAACAGUUUGAUGAAAAUACACAAAAUCGAGGAUUUUUUAAGAUGUUUCUAAAAAAUAGUUGUAGUUAAAAAUAAGUUUUGCAAGGUUGAAAAUGUAUGUACAUAGUUUUUCAGAUUGAGAAAUGAAUGUAAUUCCUGCUUUUGUAUAGCGCUCGGUCAAAUUUUCACUUUCAACUGGAAUACUGACGCCAUCGUCACCGAGAACCACGUCUUCGGGUAUUUUUCUCAAUAUAUUAGUUUAUUACUAGAACUACCAAGAUCGAAAAUACCUCAUUUCUGGUAUUCCUAAUUUUCCUCGAUAAUGGCUCUUAUGGUUUCCAGCUUCACGUUCACAAUCAAUGAUUUAUUUGCCAAGAAAUUUAAUACCAAAAAGUGAAUUCUGCAAAGUUCAACUGAUGAAACACGAUCACCUAUUUGUGGAAUUGUGCGUUUUCGCAACAAAAUUCACGGAAGAAAUACCAAAUUGAGUUUUCGUGUAUCGAAAUCGAGAAAUAAUCGUUUAAGCCAAUGAGAAAAGUUUAAAAAAAAAAAAUCCGCACUUUACAGAAAUGUGUUUCAUAGUUAAAAACUCAGCCCCCUGCCUUGUUUUGAGAAAAAGAAAUGAAUUGAAACAAUUAUACCUAAACAUUUGUUGAAAUUAUGGUUCAUAUUUGAGAGCGCUUUUCAAAUAAAAAUACAGAAAAGUCA